AUGAUGAAGCCAGCGAUGACGGACACUCGUCGAAUAAAUGAUAUCAGAGAACUGCCAAAAAGCACGAGAGAAGAAAAAUGGGCUCACAGAAAUCGAGUGUGCGGUUGGGAAGGAAAAGAGAGCAGUUCGAGAAGGAGACAAUGCUGCGCGAUGAACACCGAAGAGUUGAGGAAAUUCAUUGAUCAGGCUUUAGCGAGAGUGAAACUAGCAGUGCAGAGAAUCAACAGCCAAAAUACACCGAUGGAUGUGAGACAUUUAAUGAUUGUUCUUAAAAGCGAAUCUUUCUAA